UCUAACGUUACUGCGCCACCGUAUAGCUCGGUUGUUCUACGAUCGCGAUACCACGCGCUACAUAAAUUGUGAAAGUGUUGCUUAUAAAACGUGAUUUCUCGAGUGAGAGUAUAUUGCCGCGCCUAAGAACCAAGAAGACGUGACGCCCUCGCAACGUAAUAUCAGUGGAAGGGGAAUUGUCUCGUGUAUUUGAGCUUGGAGAGGGGUUCAAUGGAAGCGAGGUUCGUGACCUGCCGGAGUUUCCAGCAGAUCAAGCCGCCUGAGAAGAGCCUCGCGCCGUCCCCACCGACGGUGAAGGGGCUCCUGUCUCGAUUCGGGAGUCAGGCACAGGCUUUGUUCGCGCCCAAGAAACCCCGCUUUGGAUCGUCAGUCGCCAUACAUAAGCUCCGUGAGACCAAGUGGUUCAAGCAUGACGAACAAAAUAUAUUGUGCGCCGUCUGCGAAACAGGAUUCAUCCUCGAAGUGCGGGCCGAGGACCCACUGCCCCCGGACUCGGUACUGUCGCCAGACUAUCACAUGUAUGCAGUCGCCAUGUGGAAGAAGGGUAAAGAAAAAACAAAGAACCCGGAACAGAUAGAAGUGUACACAGUUCAACAGAAAGGUGUGAGAAAACGAGUCGUGAAGACCACACUCGGUGCCUUUUGGAAGAAGGACUCCGUGAUACGCAUCAACAAUGUGGACGAUAAACAGGAGACGCCGAACAACGAGAAAGAUAUCAGAGCAAAGCUGGAUAUGGCAACUAAAUCAAGGUUCGAGAGGAAUUGGCACAAUACCCUGCACUUCGUCCACUGGUGCAGAUACGGAGAAACUCCGCAGGAGGCUCGCAUGAGACAGAUAAGCGAGUCGUUCAAGUGGGGAAACGUCGGCAUGAAUAUGGGUGUGAUGCUUGUCAGUCAGAACUACGCUAGAGAGAAGGCUAAGUCCGUCUGAGUGUCAUCCACCAGCGGCACCCACUCCGCUGGUAAAUACUCCUGCUACGCCUGCUUCUGGCCAUCACCCAAGAAAAUCGACCACGUCUAAAAUGUUCCGGAACUUUUAUCUUACGUUCCCAGUUUCAACAUGAAACGUCAUGCGUUACUAUCGGUUUACGUUUGAAUUUGAAAUUGCAUUUCUGAUUUAAAUGUAGAAUUUAGAAUCCGAUUUGAAUAGAUUCUCAAUUCGGAUACACAUCCGUGUUGAAGUCACUUUCACUUCGGAACUAUUCGUGAUGAGAUCGGAUAUUUUUUUAACGGAUUUAUAUAUUUGAAUGUUCCUUUCUUAUGAAUUUCAUUAAGUGUACUCUUUUUGUUUCGUUGUCUUUCCUGCCAGUAUUUACUUUGACAACUUAGCUAGUAAUACUGUCUCUCUUUGGAACGUACUAAAUUCUAGGGGCAUCUUUCACAAAUUUAAAUACAUUUGGACCAAAUUCAAUACAUUUUAGAUCCUGUUAUACUUUGAAAAGUUUAAAAGUAGAUAGCUUAUUAGAUAGCGAAUGUAGUCUUUGGAAAAAAAAUUAGCUAUACACCGCCUAUACGUAUGUUAAAGAGGAAAUUGUGAAAGUGGCCCUCUGUAGCUUUAAUUCGGUCAUAAAAA